CUUCACAACAACAUCCCUCCGCCCGUUGCUUCGCCCUCCUCUCCUUCGGCAGCGCGCUCUGAGUCUCGGCGAACCCGGAUCAUCUAUUCCUCCUCUCCGGGUCAGGCAACUGCACGCACACCGCCGCAAUGCAGGAGCCGCUGGAGCGCUCCAUCACCAUCUGGGGGCCCGGUGGCAUUCAGACGGAAAUCCACCUCAAGGAUCUCAGCGAGGACGAUACCGCUGAGGUCAUUCCAGACCUUUUGAUUGACUACCAGGCUGAAUGCAAGGACUGGACGGCGGUUGCUCGCGAGCAUUGGCGCUGCGCACGCUGGAAGUAUGCAGAGGACCUUCUCCACAAGGGCAUCAAGUUCUUUGCGAGCGGGCGGCAGGUUGACCACAUGGCUCUUGUAAACCUUCACGCGAUGCUCGGCCACCUUCAUCUUGCGCUCGCACGUUCUGCGCCCAAGACUGUGUUGCAGAAUGCCAAGUAUGACGUGCUGCCUCGCAACAUCCGCUCCAAGGAGUACCACUACACAGAGGCGACCGCAAACUUCAACCGCGCGGACGAAGCACUGCGCAACUUUGGCACUGGGCCUGAGGACGAGCCUGUCAGCGUUGCGAUGGGAAAGAUCAUUCUCUAUCUCGCCCGUGGGCAGCCAGGCGUCGCGUCGCCGCUCGUUGAGAGAUUGUUGAAGAGGCAGCCAAAUAACGUGGCUGCGUUGAUGGCGAACGCACGCCUGCAAUUCGCGCGACGAGAACACGACGCGGCUCUGGUCACGUAUCAGAAAGUCUUGAGCCUGAGUCCAGACACUCUGCCCGAUCCAAGGAUUGGCAUAGGACUCUGCGCGUAUGUUCUUGGUGACAAGGAACGCGCGCAUGUCGCGUGGGAGCGUGCUCUUCAACGGGACGCGACAUCAUGGGCACCGCUCCUCCUUCUCGGUUUGUCCUAUCUCAACAUGGCGCGCGACCCUUCAGUCUCCUUGCAAGAACGCGUUGCAUUCGAAUCUCAAGGAGUCACCAAGGUUUCAGCUGCCUUCCGCCUCAAUAAUAAGAGCUCGGCGGCGGCCUUGGCUCUUGCUUCGUUCUGCACACUUGGCCGCAAGGUCGACCAAGCUUCCAAGCUGGCCGAACGUGCUAUUCAAUACUCGGACAACAGGCGUCACUCGGUGCUGGCCAACUCGGAGCGCGGACGCCUUGGCUUCAUCGCGGGCGAGCUCACCGACGCGGCGCGGUACAUUGGCGCGGCCAAGACCGAGGACCCCAAUACGGUCAACGUCAUGGCCGAGUUGACGCUCGCCCAGAUCGCUAUCAGGAACGGCAACCUGCGUGAAGCGCUCAAUUUCGUAGAGCAGACGGCGAAGCGUUUAAACGGCAAGGGGCCGCUCGAAUUCACAGUGCUACACGCGUCGCUGCUGGCAUACCCGCACCUGGGAAUGCCCGCUGAUGAGGCGGAGCGCAAUCUCAAGGCGGCGCGCUCGAUGCUUGGCGAUGUGCAGAACCUGGUGUCGAACGCCGAGACCGAAGAGGACUGGGCAAAGCUCCGCGGCGUUGCAAAUGACUCGGACGCCUUUGUCGAGCUCGCCAAGUUGUGGCAGGAGGAAAGCAUUGAGAAGGCCAUUGUCUCGUACCAGACGGCGAUCCAGAUCAAGGCUGAGGGUGAAUCGGACGACUUAGAAGAUACGCAGGCUGAAUCGCAAGAGCGGAACAAGCCCAUUGACUACGACACUGUUCGCCUCUCGACCAACCUGGCGUCGUUGUACGCCUUGCAGGGCGAAAGCGAGAGUGCAGAGCGCAUGUUCCUCGAAGCGCUGCAGCGUCUGGCGAGCGCCAACGGCAAGGAAGCCGAUGAGCUCAAGACCGUGCUGGCGUAUGAUCUUGGACGAGCCAGCGAGCAGGGCGGCGAUAUAGUCAAGGCGCAGAAAUGGUACCGCGAUGUUUUGGGUCAGCACCCAGAACACAUGGAGUCCAAAGUCCGUCUGGCAGUUAUUGCUCGCCUCGCUGGUCGCAACGUCGAUGCCCACAACUACCUCAAGGAGUGCCUGCGCGCCGACGAGACCAACGUGACUCUGCGGUCAGUGUACACCAACUUCCUUAUUUCUCUCGGUUCGUACAAGGAGGCGUUGCAGUUCACAUCGCAAACGCUCAAGUACGAGCGCCAGGACGUGUACACAUACACCGCUUUGGGAUGGCUUCACUUCAACCUUGGGCGCGAAGCCAAGUCGCAGCAAGACGUAGCCGAGCGGUCCAAACAGUACCUCCGCAGCGCCGAGGCGUACGAGCGCGCGCUGAGCGUUGACCCUACGAACGCCAUUGCCGCACAAGGUCUCGUCAUCGCUCUGGCUGAGGACACGCUUACCCCUAAGGCGCAAAUGUUGCCUCAGGGGAGCGCGGAGGACAUGAAAAAUCGUAUGCGCCUGGCAGGCCAGGCUCUCUCAGUUCUCGGCCGCAUCAAGGACUCGUUGCCUGAAGGUGCCGUCAACGUUAACAUUGGUCACUGCUACUUCAUCCGCGGCGAGGAGGAACGCGCCAUAGAGGCGUACGGCUCAGCUUUGAGUGCGGCAAACGGACGAAGUGUCCCGAUCAUGCUCUACCUGUGCCGCGCCUGGUUUUCGUACGCCAACAAGGAGGCGAACUUCUCGGCAAUGGGGCAAGCGUUGCACUACGCUCAGCGAGCCAUGCAUCUGCAGCCCAGCGACCGCGCCAUUCUCUACAACAUCGCGAUGAUCCAGCAAAAGGCGGCCGAGAUCAUGCUAGGCCUUGAGCCAUCGCGGCGUAUGCUUGACGAGCUCAAGCUGGCGCUCAAGCGUGCCACUGAGGCGGUCGGAGUCUUCCGCGCGCUGGCGGACGACAAGACACGGCCACUUCCGUAUGACCCCGAAGUGGCUGAUCAUCGCGCACGCUACGGCGAAAGCCUCGUGCGCAAGGGUCCCGAGGCUAUCGCGACUCAGGAGGAGUUCGAGAGCGAGGCCGCCGCGCGUGUGGAGGAGGCCCGCCGCAUGCGCGCCGCCGAGCAGGAGCGCAUCAAUGCCGCGGCCGCUGCGCGCCAGGCCGAGAUCGAAGCACGUGCGGCGGAGAUCACCGAGCAGCGCCGCAAGGCGCGGGAGGAGGCCCGCGCAUUCCACGAGCAGCUCAGCGCGCAGAUGCGCGAGGAGGAGGAGCGUAAGGCGGAACGCAACGAGCAGCGCAAGCGCCGCAAGGACGAGGAUGUUGUUGAGGACGGCGAGGAGCGUCCGCGCAAGAGGGGCAAGAAGGGUGGCAAGAAGAAGAAGAGGAAGGACGAAACCGAGGACGAAGACGAUCUCGGCGAAAGCGCGCCUCUUAGUGCUGCGGACGAGGAGGACGAUGAUCCGGCGGCGGGGCGGCGGCGUGCACAGGCACGACUUGCGGCAUCCCGGGCGAAAAAAUCCAAGAAGAGCCGACACGAGGAUCCCGACGACGACGACGAUGGGAGCGCGCGGCGCGGGAAGCAGUUCAAGUCGAAAGCGAUCAUCGAGGACUCGGACGACGAGGACGAGGCAAUGCCCCCCUCGGCUCCAUCCCCGCCGUCGACACCUGGUGCGGGGAGCGACGACGAGUAGACAUAGGCAUAGGCAUAGUAGGUAGAGAGGCAUGUCAUAAGUAGUGGUACAGACUAUAGCUACAGGCUAGGUGGAAUAUUAUAUCAGGUCUUCGUGUCGUCGCUGACUAGCGGGCGUUGCAGACGGCAUGGCUGCAGGAGGCGUAGGGACAAGUUCUCGCGGCGUACGCGGCGGCCUGCGACCUCGUGCUGGAGCUUGAUGCUGUCGACGACGUCGACCACAUUGAUGAACGGCGCUUGGCCGCCUUGGGGAUGGAGAGGGCGCGGACUACGCGCGUCCAGAGGCUCCUACGU